CUUGCUAGGGAACAAGGAGAGCACAAAAUCCUUCCUCAGCUGUUUUUCCUUUUUCCUUCAUAUUCCACACACACAAAUAUUAAAUGAAGAUGGGGUUUUGUGGAAACUUUCUGGAGAGCUCCAAACCCUAUUUUGCAAUGAUCUCGUUGCAAUUUGGCUACGCCGGCAUGAACAUCCUCAGUAAAAAGUCUCUCAACGGAGGGAUGAGUCACUUCGUCCUGGUGGUCUACCGCCACGCCUUUGCCACUGCCGCCAUCGCACCCUUUGCUCUCAUUCUUGAAAGAAGAAGACAACCAAAGAUUACAUUUCCAGUUUUCAUGCAAAUUUUCAUCCUCGCUCUUCUUGGACCGGUGAUCGAUCAGAACUUCUACUAUGCCGGACUGAAGUUAACUUCGCCGGCUUUCUCAUGUGCCAUGAGCAACAUGCUUCCUGCUAUGACAUUCGUCUUGGCCGUACUCUGCAAGAUGGAGAAGAUAGAUAUGAAAAAGGUGAGAUGCCAAGCCAAGAUGGUGGGAACGGCGUUGACCGUGGCUGGAGCUUUGUUGAUGACAUUGUACAAGGGGCAAAUUGUGACCUUGUUUUGGAGCAAGUACAUCCACCUGCAGAACAUAUCCAAGACUGACAUUGCUGCUGCAAACGCCAACCAGAACUGGUACCUUGGCUCCAUCCUCCUCAUCAUCGCCACCCUCGCCUGGGCUUCCUUUUUCAUCGUACAGACCAAAGCGUUGAAGACAUACAAGGACCACCAGUUUUCUUUAACGACCAUGGUCUGCUUUGUGGGCACACUUCAGGCAAUUGUUGUGACCCUUGUGAUGGAGCACAAAGUCUCAACGUGGCGACCUUCCCAGGUGGACAUCAUUGCUGCUGCCUAUGCUGGAAUUGUGGCAUCAAGCAUUGCAUAUUAUGUUCAAGGUGUGGUGAUAAGGAAAAAGGGUCCGGUCUUUGCCACUUCCUUCAGCCCUUUGAUGAUGAUUAUUGUUGCCAUCAUGGGUUCUUUCAUCCUGGCAGAGAAAAUUUACCUUGGAGGUGUGAUUGGGGCAACAUUGAUUGUAAUAGGUCUCUAUGCGGUUCUGUGGGGAAAACACAAGGAGAGCAAAGAGAAGGAAUUAGCAGAGGUGGUACCUGAACCAGUGAAAUGCGUUCAAGAAAAUGGAAACACUGUAUUGAUGAUAGAAGAUAUUGAAGCCAAUAGGAUUGAGUUGUACAAGGGCGAAGCUAACAAGAUAUCUGCAGUUGCCGUUAGCAUGCCCAUCCCAGAACCCAUCAUGAAAACCAACCAAAUGCCAUAAUUAAUAAGAACAAUAUUGUUCUAGUACGUACCCUAGAGGGAAAUAUCAAGGGAAAGGAUGUACUAUAUAUAGCUUUUUUAUCUUUUCAUCUCCAUUUUGUUUGUAACAUUUUUUAAAAAUUAUAAUUAAAGAUAUGGGAUUUAUAAAAUUUGCAAUAUUUA